ACUCGGGCAGAGGAGAAAUUAUGAUGCAGCAGUCGCAGGCGACGGCGGCGGUGCCCGCACCGGCGACGGCGGCGCGCGCGCACGAGCCAGCGGGCGGUGACGCGCCGCCGAAGCAGGUGGCGCAGGCGAUGGAGCGGCUGGGCCGCGCGGGCAGGAUCAUCGCGGACAUCCGGCUCGGCGCGGACCGCCUCCUCGAGGCACUCUUCGUCGCCGCCAGCGCGCCGCCGCACAGCACCCAGCAGCACAUCGAGAGGAACGAGGAUGUUGUAGCCAAGGAGGAGGUCUCCAUGCAUCGCCACUUCGACGACCUCCGCGCCCUCGGCAGGCAAUUGGAAGAGUCCGGGGUUCUAAAUGGGGCCCUUAAAGCUCGAGGAAAUUCAUGGGGCUUGCACAUGCCACUUGUGUGCCCAGAUGGUGCUGUUGUGGCAUAUGCUUGGAAGCGUCAAUUGGCAGGCCAAGCUGGUGCAUCAGCUGUUGACAGAACUAGGUUAGCUCUCAAGGCCUUCACUGACCAGAAAAGAAGAUUCUUUCCUCAUCUAGAAGAUGAAGUUCUUAACCAUCUCCAUGAUGGUGAAUCUGGUAUUGCUAAAAGGCAAAGGAUGCCUGCAGGCAAUGGAGAGCUGGAAGAAAAAACUUUGUCUGAGAUACUUAAGAAUCUAGAAAAUGAAGUGCCCAACAUGAAAGUAUCCAUGUAUCGUCGUUUAGACUGGUCAAAAAGAGCUUCAUCAUUAGCAUCUCUGAUGGAUGAUGACUUUGUGGAUCCAUCUAAGGAGCUGAACCUGCAAAAUAUGGGGAAAUCGAGACCUGGUUCUGUGACGACUCCGAUAGAUCAGGUUGCAGUAAUUGAGUUGCUGGUUCCUUCAAUAUUUAGAGUUGUAGUGUCAUUGCAUCCUGCAGGAUCUGUUGAUCCUGAUGCUGUGGCAUUCUUCUCUCCCACAGAGGGAGGAAGUUACCUUCAUGCGAGAGGCUUAUCGGUGCAUCACGUCUUUAAGCAUGUGACGGAGCAUGCUGACAAGGCAUUGCAGUACUUCAUCAGUGUGGAGCCCAGUAAAGCACUUUCUCUAUUAUUGCGUUGGAUUGCCGAUUAUCAGACUCUAUUUACAAAACUCUGCAGUAAAUGCCGACGGCUUCUGCUCAUGGACAAGUCUUUGGCUUUGCUUCUACCCCCGGUUCACCGCCCCUACCACCAGAUCUCAAGCAUUGGCUCAGAUCAUCAGGAAGCCUAUCACAUUGGAUGUUCUUCCUAUGACGCCUGACGCUGCCCACUCUAAACCUGUAGCUAGGAUGUUUCUAACUGUAUUUGUGCUACACCAGCCUAUUCCGUAGGACAGGACGGGGAAAAUGUCGAACUGGAUUUUACACCAGCCUAAUCCGUAGGAUUGGUGAUCGAGGAGUUGCUCUGUUUGCAUUUUCACCUCACUUAUGUAAAACCUGCGUAUCUCAUGAGCAGAAAUUGUUGAAACAGAUGUUGCAAAUUUUGAUAAUUCUUAUGUACUGAGUUUAACUGCUCCGUGAAACUAUUCGGGCUUA